AUGGACCUACUCAGAUGCAAGUCAACUUUUUCGAGCUUUGUCAAGUGCAAAAUAGAAAUGAGUGAGCAAGGUCAAGGGCACCAUUUGUUUGAUAUAUAA